AUGAAUUCUUCAUUUGUAAAUAUUGAAUUGUCGCUUACUAAUCAUGAGUGUUGUGAACAUUCUGCAAAAGAAGUUCUGAGGAUACUUCGUCCGCAAUGGCAGCUGUCGCUUGUCCGUUUUGAGGUAUUAACAGCCGGAAUCACGAAUAAGAUUAUGUCGGCUUCUGUGGACUCCAAUGAAAAGCUGGUGUUCCGAAUAUUCGGAAAAAACACGGGAAAUUUUAUUGACAGAGAUCGCGAGCUGAGUGCAAUGGAAAAACUGGCAAGAGAAGGUCUAGCUGCUCCUCUAUAUGCGCGCUUUUCAAAUGGGAUUUUGUGUGGUUAUUUACCAGGGACGACCGUUACCGCUGAUCAACUCAAGAAUACGGAUAUGCAGAGAAAAAUCUGUUCAACAUUGGCAGCGUACCACAAUAUGGACUCAACUGUCGUGGAAGUUAAUGAUUUAUUUCCUUUUCGAAAGACAAAAGAUUUUAUUAAUAAUAUUGAUCUGACGGCUAUUGAGAUAUAUCGAACUCGCAUGCAAAUGGGAAGACUGCUCCUUAAGACUGCAAGAGAAGGAUUUUUUCAAUCUGAACAUUGCACUACUCAUACUCAGGCUCAAGGAUUUCAGGGUCUCCUCAAUUUCGCAAAUCGGCUAUCCGAUAAUAUAAAGGAUAUCGAAACUUUAAUUGUACCUUUAGAAGAAGAAAUUACAUUCUGCCACAAUGAUCUGCUAGCUAACAAUAUUAUUUUUGAUGAUUCCUCAGGAAAGGUCCUCUUCAUUGAUUAUGAGUACGCAGAUUUCAACUACGCGAUCUUCGAUCUCGCCAACCAUUUUUGUGAAUUUGCAGGUGUCGACAAUCCUGACUACACAAAGUGUCCAAACCAGGAGGAAAUGCGCAUAUUUUUACGUUUUUACUUGCAAGCGAGACAUGGAUAUGUGGACGAAAUAAGGCUUGAAAAUCUUUUGCGGAGAGUGUCGUUAUUCCAAGCUCUUGCCCAUCUCUUAUGGUCGGCAUGGUCAGUGGUGCAAUCGCAGAACUCAACGUUGAGGUUUGAUUACGUCAGCUAUGCGAAGGUUCGAUACGAGCAGUACAUGAAAUGCUUGGAUAAUUACACAGCUCAACAACAGUUUUGA